UAAACUCUAUUUUGUUUACACUUCCGGUGUGCUGUAUGGUUGCCACGGUAACACCAGCUGCUCAACCCACUGAUUGGCUGUGAGUAUGACACGCUGGCCAAUCACAUGGCAGUAGGCGGGGUUUUCCGGAAUGUGGAUAUGGAAAACUUUUUUCUUGACAGCGGACUUUAUUUCCGGCAUUCCGUCAUGUCGGAGUGUCACAGGCGAAGUGUCAGAAAGUGAGCUGAGCACAUGCGGCGGUGAUGUGAGUGUGUGAACAGCGGGACCGGCAUUCUGAUCUUAUCACGGGGCGGGAAUAAAGGUGGACUUGAAGUGAGGUGAGAUGGUGGGGUAUGACCCAAGCAGCACCACCCUCUACCCAGGGGACGCGGCCCUGGCUGGCUCAGCAUCGGGCCUUGUGACCCGGGCCAUCAUCAGCCCAAUGGACGUGCUGAAGAUCCGCUUCCAGCUGCAGGUGGAGCGUGUCUCGUCUUCCAGGCCUGAGGGGAAGUACAGAGGUAUUCUGCAGGCGUGGCGUUGCAUUCUGGGAGAGGAGGGGCCGUCUGCGUUCUGGAAAGGCCACGUCGCUGCUCAGAUGCUCUCCAUCUGCUACGGAGCCGUGCAGUUUGCAAGUUUUCAGGCACUCACUGAGGUCGUCCAUAACAGCACGUCCUACAACAGCCAGGCGGCUGGCGUUCACUUCAUGUGUGGCGGACUGGCCGCGUGUUCCGCUACAGUGGCCUGCCAGCCUCUCGACACACUCCGCACUCGCUUCGCUGCUCAGGGAGAACCCAAGGUUUACAGGAACCUCCGUCACGCCAUCAGAACCAUGUACGUCCAGGAGGGGGCGCUCACCUUCUACAGAGGACUCAUCCCCACACUGGUGGCCGUGUUCCCCUACGCCGGCCUCCAGUUCUUCAGCUACAACGUCCUCAAGAAGCUGCUGGAGCAAGAUGGCAAGCAGUCCAAAGGUGGCCUGCAGAGCCUCGUGAGCGGCAGCGUGGCUGGAGUCAUCAGUAAAACCCUCACGUACCCUUUCGACCUGUUCAAGAAGAGACUGCAGGUCGGCGGCUUCGAGAAGGCCAGAUCGCACUUCGGACAGGUCCGGACAUACCGCGGAUUAAUGGACUGCGUAGUGUGCAUCGCGCGGGAGGAAGGACCAGCCGCCUUCUUUAAGGGUCUUUCUCCCAGCCUGAUCAAGGCAGCCAUGUCCACCGGCUUCACCUUCUUCUGGUACGAGUUCUUCGCCAGCGCCAUCUCCAACCUGAGGAGGAGAAGUCGGUCCUGAGGACAAGGGAUGAAAUGAUCAGGACAUGUGUGUCAGGGUCAUCGGUGCUGGUCUGGUCGUCUUAUUUUAUACUGGAGUUUCUCGUUUUUAAAACAUUGGCUAGCUUAAACCAUACAUAAACAAACUUUUUUUGACGACACACUGGUUUAAGUGGUUGAAUCUGAGAGGACGUUGUUGCUUGGAAUGUGACAUCACAGAAAUUAUAGGAAAAUAUCCAGAACGCAAAAAAAACCCAUUUACCUCAGAUCUGUUGGUAAAGUGUUAGGAAAAGACUUCCUACGACUGAAAUGAACGUAGGAUUAAAUAUAAAUAUUUCACACCACUGAAAUUACACUUAGCAUCGACUGCUAACCACAACUCGACUAUGUCUACGACUAGUUUUAUUUUAUUUUUUUAUUUUUAGGGGAAUUGGUUACUGUUCACAUCUUUGUUGUAUUUAGCCCUUUAGCUGUUGAGUUAGUUUGAGGUAUAUUUUUUAAAGAUAUGUAACGUAUAGAUCGUCCACACACUCAGCUAUGUAAUUAUAUGAGAGUGGGCGGGGUUUUAAGGAGCACUGUUUUUAACAUAGUUGACUUUUUGCACUGUAUACGAGGGUAUACGCUUGUUUUCGCCGUACGCACAGAAAUAGUACCUCAUUGUUUUAUAUUCGUUUUUAGUGACGCACAUAUACAUAAAUGCAUAUGCAUGUUUGUUUAACAUGAUCGCUGAAUAUUUAUGUUGCAGCUUGUAUCAUCUCUGUGCACUAAUAAGUGCCUGCAGGUUUGUAUAUUUAUUUUAGCUGUGCUUAAUUGUUUUAGGAAUCUUAUUUUAUGUGCUGUUAUGUGUGCACUGGGUUACGUUUUGUUUCCUGAGUUGGCAGGAAUCGAAACGAUUCUUAAAGAAGAAGACAUAUGAAGGUUCAUUUGAACCAGUCAGCUGCAUUUACACUAGCUCCAUGUACUGAUUAUAUAUUUUUUGGAAAAAUUAGUGCAACAUUAUCUAGUUGUACCUUUCGAUGUUUUAUCCUCAUUACAAGUAAACCAAAUUGUUUGAAGUUGUUAGUCAUGUGCUGACAGAAAUGUGUUACCAAGAUAACUGACAGUUCUCAUUGGGUGAAACUGUAACUUAAAACUCAUCAGCAUCAAUAAUUAUGGAAAGAGUAGCUAUAAUAUGUACGUAUUAUCAUAUCACUAAUACUUUAUCUAUUUGGUUUUGUAUAAAAAAAACCUGUAAAGAUACUUCACGUCACACGUCGUGAGUUGUUAUAAAAGUGUUUGUCACUGUCAUAAACUCAGAAUUCUUCAUAAAAAUGUUAAUUAUAAGUUUUUUAUAAGUGGUCAGCAGUGAAACAUUUACUCGUUUGAGAUUUAGCUCCGUUGUAGCUAUACUAGUUUCUUUGUGCUAGCUUUCCAGUUUUACCAUUUUUUUAACCAGCUUACAUGACUGAGCAGCUUUCUAAUGUCUAAUAUGCUUGUCACACUAUGUUAGCCAGGCUAGCUAACAUUCACCCAAACGUGCCACCUUUGACGAUGCCCUUGGGGAAAAUUGUGAGUGUUAUUUGUUAUAAUUGUCCACAAUAAUAACAUUGUAUGUGUUAAACAGAGCUGGUUAGCACCACAUGUCUACACACUACAUGGUCCACAUCAUGACCACUGUGUAUUAUUGUCUGAAUGCAGCUUUCAUUUCUGUAUAAAAGGUAAAAGGAAAACUCCGUUAUGUUACUUCUUACUGUAUGUGGGGUUAUGUAAGUUAUUUCCGCAAAAUAUUAUUUUUAAACCAAAACAAUAAAAAACAUUUUACUCUG